AUUCGUAAUGUUUACAUAUGUCGCGUGAUUUGAUGAUCGUUUUUGUAAAUUGGAAUGCAAAUAUGAAGUGCUAUUUCUGUGGGAAAAAGGCAGAGAAGACUGCAUCGGUGCAAAGAACUCUUCAUCGAUUGCCAUUAAAAAAUGCUGAUGAACUGCAACGAUGGCUAGUCAACGUAAAAUUAGAAGACAAACAGUUGCUACCAAGUGAUAGAAUUUGCUCCGAACAUUUUACACGAGACUGUGUUAUUAACGACGGGGUCAAGAUUAUUUUGAGAACAGGAAGCGUACCAACAUUAUUUAUGUCAGAACAUAACUGUACGAAGUGCGUUUUUUGUAAAUUUGAAAGGUCGGCCAAAUGUUCUCGUACAUUUCACAAAUUUCCUAUCGGCAACUCAACGGAACUUCUAAAAUGGCUGUCAGCCAUGCCGUUGAAGGAUUUUGUACCAAAAAAAUCAGAUCUUUUGUGCUCUGAUCACUUUGACCCGAACUGCUUCAGGUGGAACCGAAAUGCUCUACGGCUGAAACCAAAUGCAGUUCCAACUAUUUUUGUGCCUCAAUUGAUUGCAGAAUCGCAUGUUUCGGCGUUACAAAAUUAUGCAAAUGAAAAACAAGCAACAAUUGCUUCAACAUGCGAGCCGAUUGGAAGUGCCAAUACCAGUGAAGCCCAAGUAAUGGAAAUCACUGCCAGUACGACCGUAGGUACUGUUGACAUGGCUGAUGCAGAGAUGGCUGUUACUUAUAGUAAUGUAGGAAAUGCUUCUGAAAACCGCGAACAAAGCAAUUCGACAUUAGAAAUAUCCGGAUUGCCUUCAAGUGUUCAGUAUGUCGAAAAAUGUACUGCUCCAUUGCUAUUGGACAGUCCACGAAGCAGCCGAAAGCGGAAAAUGCCUGCUACUCCCACUAUAUCUAAGAUUAUACGUCAAGAACACCACUAUUAUAACUCUCCACGAACAUUGAUGCAGCAACUGCGAGCAGCUCGAAUAAAAAUAAAAAAGUUCGAAGAGGAGCGAAAAAAGAGUAGAGCAAGGAUUAAACGGUUACAGACUAAAGUAACCUCUCUCAAGGAAAUAUCCGACAGUGGACGUGACAUCAACAACACCGUACCAGUGGAAGGAAAAAAGAAAAGCUCAGCAUUAGGCGACAAUGAUUAUCAACACGCAAGAUAUAAGAGAAAACUAAUCAGAUAUUCAAAACUAUUUGUGAAGAAUGCCAAUAAACGAAUAAACUUCAAUUACUCGUUAAUUUAAAUUAAUAGAGAUUUAUUAAAAUUUACUGAACAUUUCAAUGAAAUUCAAUC